CAUUUCAUCUGUGCAUAACUAACUAGUUGUAUAAUAAUUCAUUAUAUUUAGCUGGCAAAAUGGUUACCGUAGUUUGUAGAUCGCUAGCGUUGGCUAGUUGUGGUAUCCAAAUAGUUAAUUAGCAUCAACCAAUAAUUGGAUGCAUAAUUGUAAUUAAGAAAACGCCACGGGCUCGAAAUAAACAUAUCGUGGACAUUGCAGGCACAACAUAACGUUACACGUCCAGUUAAUAAGAACAUGUACCACAUGCGUUGACUUCACUGCGUUUGAAAGACAAACGAGAGACGGGACAUCUACAAAAACUAUAGUAACGUUACCUAUUCGCGGUAGUUAAUUACCUACCUAUAAACAGCCUGUAAGCAACAACAAAAAAAGGGAACCUGCAGUGUGAGCUAACAUUGGGCUGGCGUCCCCAACGAGUCUGAAUAUUAGUCAACGUAAAUAACGUUAGCUAGCUAACUAGCUAUAAACUAUUUAAAAUAGUAAACAUUGUCUGAAACAAGUUCAGUAGACGAUUGGUAGAAACUUACUUUGAUCGGUGCUUGUUAUGUCAAUACUCGUUUCACUUGGCUAGCAAGCGAACUACUAGCUGUGCUAGUUAUCUUCGUUAACUUGAGCGAUGAACCAGUUACGAGUUAGCUAGUAGCUAAGCUAGUUGCAGUCGAAAGAUCUGGAUCCACUUCUCACUUGAUGUUUUCGUUCGCCUUGCUCUUUCGGAUAAUAUUAAAAUACGAACUAUCCUAGCUAGCUACAAUGAUUAAAACAGUAACGUUAUUUGAUUAUUAUUAUUUUUUAACUGAGAACAGCCUGUUCUCCCUAUCUCCCUUCCUUACAAAAUGGUGCUAACUGGCGGAAAAUGGAGAUGUUUUAUAGCUACGUCACAUAGUUACUUCCUGGAGGGGUUUUACGUUUGUUGUUGUCACUGUUUCUGGAGGAGAAAUGGCUGCCGCUCUAGCUGUGGUGGAGACACCGUCCGGGAAGGAUGCAAUUGCAGAAGGACUGCUUGACCUCUUAAAACCAGCUGUCCAGCAGCUUGAUCUUCAUGUACACUCAGUGAGGGAAAGCCAGGUGGAACUACGAGAACACAUAGACAAUCUAGCCACAGAGCUGUGCAGGAUAAAUGAGCACCAGAAGGUGGUGCUAGACCUGGACCCCUAUGUGAAAAAGCUGCUGAAUGCGAGACGCAGGGUGGUGCUGGUCAACAACAUACUACAGAAUGCUCAGGAACGGCUGCGACGGCUCAAUCACAAUGUCGCCAAGGAGACGGCGCGUCGAAAGACCAUGCUGGAGACCUCUGGAGCGUUCACUCCUCGGUCGCCUAGUAAACCAUGACCACAGCCUCACUCCUCAGCCUGGAAAACAACACAACUUGUCUGCCUUCCUCCUGGACUAAAUAAAGUUUUCACAUUCAACUUUC